UUUCUAUAUUAUAUCAGUAAAUAAAUGAAUUCCAAAAAGUUUACAUCUUAAUUUGAACAAUUGGAAUUUUAAAAUAAAAAAUUGGUAAACAAUUAAUCCAAAAAAAGAGAAUUAUUAAAAAAUUAGCUACUUUAUUUAACCAUAAUAUCCUAUUGGGUUGGGUUGGUUUUUGAAGUAGCAAUUUUGCUUGUGUCCUUAUUUUACAGUGGCUUCAAGGACUUGUUCAAGGUAUAACUAUCACUGACUGAUGGAGGGGUAUAAGGAUCAUCGUUCAAAGGCAUUAUUCUAAGGAAUCCCCCGGCAUUUACAAGCAACGUGCUUUCAACGCGUGCUUGCCCACCAAAUGAAACGCAACCUCGUCUUGUUGCUUUCUUUGUUUCUUAUUGGGUAUCAAACGAAGAUUAGACAGAAUAAAGACUACCAAGGCUUACAUAUGUAUACGAAAAGGCGGCCGACACAAACGGAGCGCCAAAGCUAACCUCCACAGCGCAUGGGCGUAAGAGAAAUCCAAGUGGCAGCUCACAACCUCAAGCACAACCUUAUAGUCCACGAACUCGACGAUGUCUGUGACUCGGUCACUGCUCGUCCACUCACCGGCUCAUGGCUCUGGGACUCAGCCGUUGUUUUGUCUCACUGGAUGCCCACUCACCUCAAUUUUCAUGGCAAGGCUGUCAUCGAGCUCGGAGCUGGAGCGGGCCUCCCCGGCUUGACAGCGGCUCUGCUUGGCGCCAUCUGGGUAUUGCUCACCGAUGUCCAACCGCUCCUUGCGGGACUCUUGAAAAACGUUGAAGCUAAUGGGCUCGAAGGAAGAGUUGAGGUGAGGGUACUCGUUUGGGGAUCGGACGACUGGAUUAGCGGAGUCACUGAGUAAAGCACGUUUGAUGUGGUUUUGAUGAGUGAUGUGUUCUAUGACCCGGAGGAGAUGGUGGGGCUGAGUAGGACACUCAGAAGGAUCUGCGGAGAGGGUACUGAAAUAUGGGCGGCAAGCGAGUUGAGGCCGUGGACAGGUGAAUGCUUGAACGAGUUGAGGAACCAGGGCUUCCAGGUUGUUGAGAUAGUGACGAGUCAACUCGGAGACCAAGAGGGAGUGAAAGAUUGUAGCGAGUUUACCAUCUUCCAAAUCGUGCCACCGCUUGCGGAAACUUGUAACCUUUCAACUACACCUGUGCAUGAGUUUUAGAACAAAACUUCGAUAUUCGGCCUAAACUCAUC